AUGAUUGCUCCUCUCAUUUCCAACUUUUUUCUUUGUUCUUAUGCUCUAAUUAACUAUGCCUGUUUUGAUAACAGUUUUGCUCAUUCACCAGGAUUUAGACCUUCCUUCAAAUUUUAUAAUAAAUGGGUUUCAUUAGCUGGUUCUUUAAUGUGUGUUUUCUGCAUGUUUAUAAUUUCUUGGUGGACAGCUUUACUUACAUUUUUCUUUUUUGUUGCAAUUUAUAUUUAUGUUGCCCAUAGAAAACCUGCUCAUUCUUAUCGAAAUGCUUUACAAUAUGUCUCAAAGUUGGAACGGACAGAGGAACACGUAAAGAAUUAUCGACCACAAAUUCUUGUUUUAAGUGGUAAUCCAGCAUCUAGAGCAGGACUUGUUGAUUUUGCCUAUUCAAUAACUAAAGGAAAUAGUCUUUUAAUGUGUGGAUAUAUAAUUCCAUAUAAGCCUUGCAAUACAGUCUUUACAAUGUUACAAACCUUCAACCAACAACUGCGCGAUUGGUUUGUUUCUCGCCACCUUAAAGGGACAUUUGCUGUUACUGUGGCUAAUCCAAAUUUGCGAGCUGGUGCUCAAACUCUGUUACAAAUUGCUGGACUAGGUAAACUCCGCACCAACAUUAUUCUAAUGGGUUUUAAACAAAACUGGGCACAAAAUCGUUCACCUGAGGGAAUAAAUGAAAUGAUUGAUUAUUUUGGAUUGAUACAGGACGCUUUCGAUUUGAAUAUGAGCGUGGGUGUUUUGCGCAACUCAAACAGAGGAUUUGACAUUUCUGAGCUUAUUUUAGAGACUGCAGAGGAACUGAGGCUUCAUUUAAAACAGCGUGGUGAUACUUUAAGUACAAGUUAUCCUUUGGAAAGUCACCCGCAUCAACGUCAAAGUAUUAAUCAACAACAAUUUAAACCUUCUGUCCAUAAUACUUGUUCUUCUCCACAACUUGGAAUUUCUUCAAAUUUUUCUAUUAAUCCACGUCAAAAAGCUCGAGAUUUAUUUUUACGUUCAUUAAGUCAUAAAGGAGGAGAACAACAACAAGAAAGAACUUUUGAUGGUAAAAGUGCACAAAGUGGAGAUACAAUGCAAACAACUUUAGGAGGAGGAGGAGGUGAUACAACAACUAAUUAUUCACCUUUUACAAUAACACCAGUUAGUAGUUGCUCUGCAACUUUAAAAAGUAAAAAAUUUGGUGGAGGAAAAUUGAGAAAAUUGUUGGGGGCUUCAAAAUUAAAUUUAAAUGGAGAAGAUAUUGAACAAUCAAAGGAAGAUGGAGAUCAAUCUUUAGGCAGUGCAUUUCAAACCCUUCCACUCCCUUCUGAUACUUUUCGUUUUCAAACACGUGUUAAACAAGGAACAAUUGAUGUUUGGUGGCUUUAUGAUGAUGGAGGAUUGACUUUAUUAAUUCCAUAUUUGUUAACCAAAAAGGGCAGCUAUUUGGAAGGUGCCAAAUUGCGUGUAUUUACAUUAGCUGGUGUUGGAAAAAAUCUUCAACAAGAACAACAAAGUCUGGCUACAAUGUUACGUAAAUUCCGAAUUAGUGCUGAUCAGGUCAAUAUAAUCCCGGACUUUACUAGCAAAAAACCUGAUCAAAAAAACCUUGCCAAAUUUGAAAAAUUGAUAGAACCACUUGUAUUGCGUACUAGUAAAAGUGAGGAAUUUGCUACAAGCUCUUCUGUAACAGUAUCUUUAGGAGGAGAUGGAGAAGAAGAUAGAAUACAACAAGAAGAAUUUGAAGAUGAACAACAACAAUAUAAAGGUUUAAUAACUGAAACAGAAUUGGAUGCACAAAGAGAACGUACUUGGCGUCAAUUACGAAUUGCUGAACUUUUAAAACGUUAUAGUUCUGGUUCUGAUUUAAUUGUUGUGUAA